UUUUUAUCCACUUUGUCACUUCCACGAAAACGAGAACACAUUUGCGGAUUUGCCUCAUUUAAAAUAAUCUGCAAUAAUUCCAAAAAAGAUCAAUUGAAAAUUUAGAUAAAAUUAAAUUUAUCAACUAUGACCGAUCAAGUGCAAAAGUUAUUCGUCAAAUCCUUUAUCGGCUAUCUGAAAACACAAGUCGAGGGGCAACUACUAGCUGCCGACGCAUUGGAAAGUUUGGAAGUGGCAGUGCAAUGUCUACAGGCAGCCUUCGAUAUAGGCGAAGAAGAUGAAGCACAACCACAGUCGGCUGCGUCCGGAAGCGAAGUCUCCCAAUCGGGAUCAGCUGCAGUGACAGAAAAUGAAAUCGAUCUCUUUGAGAUGUUCCAAUCGCUUUUCAUUGAACGCAAUCCAAAAUCCCUGGAAAUGGCCGAGCAGAUUAAGAACGAAGGUAAUCGCCUGAUGAAAGAAGGCAAAUACCAAGAAGCCCUCAUCCAAUACAACCGAGCACUCACGUUCGAUCCCAAGAACCCGAUAUUCUAUUGCAAUCGUGCCGCAGCCUCUAUUCGAUUGGGUGAGAACGAGAGAGCAGUGAGGGAUUGCAAAUCAGCACUUGUCUACAAUCCUAGCUAUGGAAAAGCCUACGGCCGAAUGGGUAUAGCCUAUUCGAACCUUGGGAAGUUCGAUGAUGCUCAAGCUGCCUAUAGCAAGGCCAUUGAACUAGAACCCGACAAUCAGGACUAUCGUACCAAUUUGGAAGUGGCCAAGAACCAAAGGCCGACAGCCAACGAAGCAGCCUUCAAUAUGGCUCCACAACUUUCUGAAGCCAUUGGUGCUAUGCUCUCCAAUCCAGCUCUCCGAGAUAUCGUCUCAAACAUGCAAGUCAACAGAAAUGACCCCCGGCUGAUGAGUCUCUUCGAAUCGAUUGGAGCCGGAGCAGGUGGCGGAUUCGACGCCGAAAGUUUGGUUAGUCUAGUCCAAGCGGCUGCCUCUGAAGUCGCCAAUCUCCAACAGUCGCAUGCAAAUGACCCCUCAAGACAACCACCACAACCUUAAGCUGCAUAAAUGGACCUUUUCUAAUCACUUCACUUCAUUCAACGAAAAAGCAUAUAGAACAUAACUCAAACAUGAUAACUGUGACGUCGAGUGAAAUUUAAAUGUUUACGUGUUAAAAAAAAGAAACGAUCUUGUAUCGAAGAAGAAGGAGUGUGGUUAUAAUUGAAUUGAAUUUUCUUUUUCUGUAGCUCUUAUUUUUAUCUUAUAUAGGUACAUACAUAUAUGCAUUGUGUAGUUACACAUUGUUAUCAACUUGCGAUUAGUCUAUUAUAUACGAAAAUAAAUAAAUAAAUAAUAUUCAUAA